AUGCUGUCGGCCUCCUCGAAGCGCUUCCCGCUGUCCGCAUCCAUAUUUGCACCGCUGCGGCUUUCGCAGCCCGACGAGACGGCGAUCGCCAACAUCGCCAAUGACCUCCUCGUCUCGACGCUCGUGGACUACGAAAUUCUGCAGCUCCGCGAGGGCGGCGUCAUGAACCCAGCGAGGUGGAGGGCCGUGAAGCGCUUCGACAACCUCGUCGGGUACCAGAAGCGCGAACGCCGUCGGCAGCUCAGCGACGUCGAUUUGGACGCGGAUCGCUGCCCCAGACUUGUCUGGCGUGGCACUUUGGACGGCAGUCUGGGCGACAUCAUGUACGGGGUCGUCAACCAAAGCGACGGAGACGCGGUGCUGGCCUCGAUCGCGACGGCGAACCCAUCGGACCCGUUCAAGGGGCUCCAGGUCAAGUGGAUGGUGUCUGCAUUCGGCCCGGGACUGAAGCGGCUGGUUCGACUGCGCGACUUUGUGUUCCUCGAGGCCACGGGCGUCACCCUGCGCUCUUCGGGCGAGCGCGUGGGCUACCACCUGAUCCACUCCAUCUCGAUCCCGCCACUGCGUCCGCUGUAUGAGCACAACCUCGUGCGCGGCAGCAUUUCGCUCCUGCACCUCUUUCGAGAGAGGUCGUCGAACACCGUGGAGCUCUACACCAAAGCGUCGCUCGAUCUGAUGGGGAAUAUGCCGUCGAGACUGGCCAUGUACGCUGCUUGCAAGACGAUGGAGGCCAUGGAGCGACUCCCAGUCUGCUCACAGAUGAAGAAGCUCGCGUGGAUGCUUCGAACCACAACGAGACCGCGUCCUCCGUCGGCGAAGCUGUCGCACGAUUACUCGUCCUGCCGACUGUGUCAGAAGGACUUGCAUGGAGAGCACAGCCUUUGCAGUCGAAUGAGGCAUUGUCGGAUCUGCUCGGCCAGUGUCUGCUCCAAGUGCUGCCGCUCGAAGUCGCUAAGGUUAGUGGACCCGGCCACUGGCGAACUCAGAAAACAAAACGUGCGCUACUGCACCGAGUGCAUCCGCAGAGCGACCAGCUCAAGCGGCGUGCAAGUCCAGACUGACGAGCUGACCCAGGCGACAUGGGCGACCACCUUCACCGAUACGCGCUCGACGCUGUCGCUGUCGUCGUCCGAGAGAGCCCGAGACUCGUUCAGAGGAGCCGAAGAGGUCUGGUCCGAUUCGUUCAUGGACAAUUACUCAACGUUGUCGAUCUCCAGCUCGGAAACUUCACGAGACUCGUUCCGAGGAGUACACGUGUGA